CAGACCCACACUCAGCUCCCAUUGAAGACCAGUGGACACAUCCUGACCUACUGGAAGUGUUGUUGUUGUAGUGCUGCAGACUGAGACUGUGCAGGCCGACGGACAUGUUAACAAAGACCCGCCUCGGGAAGCGUUCUCCAUUCGGUGAGUGUGUGAGCUCCGCCUGCACGCCGGCUGGGAACCACACUGACCUGCAGACGGGCGAGACUGGCGUCACCAUGGCAACAGCAGCAGGACCACAGGCCGUGAGCCGAGUCCGACGUCAUCCCGGACUGAAGGUCUACUUCCAGUGCGGAGACGCUGAGUCUCCAGCUCGGGUGGAGCAGCUGGACCUGAUGAAGAGUGAAGAUCCUGUGCAGUCUCAUCCCUCCUCCUCCUCCUCCUCAGAGCCUCCGUCCAGCAGCAGAUGUGUCUCCUCCUGCAUCGACGUCCCCAGGAGCCAGCGGAGUCCUCAGGACGUGGACGUGGACGAGCUGAUGGCGGCGCUGGUGCUCAGCAGUUUGUCCUGCAGCCCGUUGCUGCACAGCCCCCCCGGGCCGGAGCCGACGGCCCCCCCGAUGGAGUGCGCUGGCGGCGAGCUCUCUGACAGCAGCAGCGGCUACUGGAGCGUCGGCCACGCCAUCGGAAGCCCCGCCCCCUCUCCACCAAUCACAGAGCGGGACGCCGGCCCGGCCCCGCCCCCGGACGAGGGGCUGGAGAUGGAGCUGGAGCAGGUGCUGUUCGACGAGCCGGCGCCGCGGAAACGCAGGAACUCGGUGAAGGUGGCGUUCAGGUGUCUGUGGCCCGGCUGCGAGAAGGUGCUGACGACCGUGGUGGGAAUCAAACGUCACAUCCGGACGACGCACCUGUGCCGCGGCAGCGAACACGAGCGCUGUUCUCGCAGCGAGGAGGAUUUCUACUACACUGAGGUCGCCCCGCGGCAGACUCCUCCCCAACCUCUCCCCUGUGGCCCCGCCCCCUCCUCACCGACCAUCUCACCUGCCCCCCCCUCCCCACCCCCCAGCACUGCCCCUCCCUCUCCCCCCCUCUUGACCGACGACACUCUGAGUCGCUCCGCCCCUUCCUCCUCCGGCCACAUCUGGCAGGUCCAAUCAGAGCACUCCUACCAGGCUCAUGUGGUUUCAGAGGCAGCUGCAAACGUGACUUCCUGUCGUUGGACGGCUCCGCCCUCAACCUGCCACAGCCGACAGGGUUUGGCGUUUCGGGCGCGUUCGGUCAGCGUAGGAGAGCAGUGGCUGCAGCACCAGAGCGCCCCCUGCAGGAGGAUUCGUGGUGAAGCCAAGAAGUGUCGUAAAGUUUACGGCAUCGAGCACCGAGACCAGUGGUGCACGGCCUGUCGCUGGAAGAAAGCCUGCCAGCGCUUCCUGGACUGAGCCGAGCAGGAGGAGUGGGACUCGUACUUUCUUACAUCUGAAUCCAGAUUCUUUUUAUACUCUUUCUACAUUUGCUAAAGGUGUCUUUUUAUUCUUGAAUGUGUAGUUUGUAGCUGAACCCGUUUCCUGUUUUAAUGAAAAUAUUUGCGGCAGCUAUGAUGUGACCUUUGACCUUCGAGGCAGCUGAGCGUGUUUUUUUGCAUCCGGUCGACUCUGCUCAGGUUUUCUGAAAAAAAAAAAACAGCGUCUGUGUCACGAUCAGAGAAAUGAAUAAUAAUGAUAAUAAAUAUGUAAAUGAAGAUAAAGCCAAAAUAUCCCAGAUUCCAACACUGCCAUCUUGUGGCGAUGACGUUGUUUGAGUCAGAGUCUGUGGUGAUUGGGGGGCGGAGUCCACGGUCAUGAGCUGGUUUCCUCUGAGGUUUUUAAUCCCUCUGCAGUGACCUUUUAUUAAACUUUAGUACAUGUCAGUGUAAACAGCAGAGAACAGAAAGAGGAGUUUUAAAAUCGCUAAAACUGAGAAGUUUAGAAACGUUGUCGGUCUCGUUUCAGUUAGAAAACUCCGGGGCUAAGUUUCAGUCUGGACGAACAGAAGCAGAAAGGUUUGGAAAACGAUGUUGUAGACGCUCACGACCUCUUGCUGAUUGGAUCUUUCCUAUCAUGAUGCAGCCUUUGCUGAUUGGUCGGGCUCCUGUCACAUGACAACCAGCAUCAGCCUCAGCCACCAGAGAAGAACACAACACUAGAAUCAAGUGUUACUGACGCAGCUGCCUGUGCUAACAGCUGCAGGUCAGUUCUGUAUUUUUAUGACACUACUUCCUACAUGUGGAGGAAGCCAGAUGUUAUUUGAACAAAUUGAUCGACAACCAAAUAAUUCCUGUUUUACCGACUCGUGCACAAGUGUACGUGAGUUUUCGGGCGUGUUGGACGGGGAUUAAAAUUGUUGCGGAGCCAAGACACUCGUGUGGAACAGGACUGGUUGAGUCUGAAAAUGUCUUCCUAGGGAUGAAGCCUAACUUGUCCACAUGUCCUGAUUGACCUGGGCCCCAACAGGCCAAAUAUGGUUACUUCUAUUUCUUACUUUUUUAAACCAAGAUGGUGCUUAACAAAAUGCAAAACUAAAGACUUCAAACGGCAGCUCACAAACCAAACGGUGACGUCACAGCAGGACGAAGUUCAACUUCACGUGAGGUUUGACUGGACGUGAGUUGUUGGAUUCGCAAUAAUUCGCUUUCAUUCUGAAGCCGUUAAACAUGUCAUCAUUGUUCUGGUCUCGUUAACGUCCUUGGUGUCUAUACAGUGACUUCGUACACGUCACUGUAAAUAUAAUGGUUUCAUUUCUCUUCAGCUCUUUGUUUGAAGGCAGAAGCCACGUCCACUCCUGCGAUGCAGCCUCACUCAGUAUUGAUCCACAUGUUUCAUAACAAGUAAUAACACAUAUAUAUUCCUACAUAUCUUCUUUAUCCUGGUGUGUAUAUACAGAUAUAUAUAUAUAUACUGGGUCCAUAUAGACAAUAAUGAUUAUUCUUUAAGUCUUCAGAAGGCGUCAUUAAUGCAGAACCAGGCUCAUAUGCAGUAAAUGGAGAAAAGUUGUAUUUAUCUUCUACAUGUUGUUGCUCUAUGUAAAUGUUGAUCAUUGUAAUCGUUUUUUCAGAUGCACUCUUUUAUACAUGUGAACUCCUGAUGUUCUGUUAAUAAACUGAACGUAAUGAAAAACC